AUGUCUGGGAUCGCGUCCGACGCGCAACUCUUCGAAGAUCACUUCAGGGUGGAGCGUCUCUCUGAACCAAAGUAUGAUCGUGUCGACCGCAUUUAUUGCAAGUCCAUUGAUGGAAGCAUCGAUAUGAGCUUAGACAUCAACAAAGAGCUCUUCCCCUGUAAGGUAGACGACGAGUUACACGUCGCAUUAGCGUCUUCUCUCCACUACGACGGCCACCGAGACGAGGACGAAACACGACAAGGCUGGCGUGAUCUGGCCAAGGCUGGUUCCAGCGAGUCGACGCUAGCUGAUAUGUUUGACUACGUGUGCUAUGGCAAGAUUUACAAGUUUGAGGAUGCUGAAGACGGACAAAAUAUCAAGGCGUAUAUCUCAUUUGGAGGGCUGCUGAUGUCGCUUGAAGGACCCUACAAGAAGCUCACGCCACUGCGCGUCGAUUAUGUUUAUCUCCUUGUGCGGAGGGGGUGA